UGAUUGAGAUUUCAUACAAAAACCCAUUCUUUAAAAUCCUAAUUAACAAAAAUUUCCCCAAAUUUCUACUUCAAAAACUGAAUUCCUGCUACAAUCAUCGACAAAUCCACUCCACAGACUCAAUCUCACAGCGAAUCGUUUGUUGCACCACGUCAAUUGGCAGUAAUUGCUGUCGUUUUCAGUGUUGAUUUUUUAGUUUGGAAGAAUGUCAACGAGGAGGAGAGCAGGGGAGGAGAGAUUGUACUACAGUCCACCGGCGAUGAGGCGGCGCCAACAAGAGCAAGCGGAGCUCAAGUCGGCCUCGGCGUUGCCGGAGAGGAAAGGAUCCGUUUCGGAUUCGUAUUUGGAUCGGUUUUUGGAGCACACCACUCCCGUUGUGGCAGCUCAGCAUUUUGCUAGGACAAGUAUGAAAUCGUGGAAAAAUCGUGGUACUCAGUUCCAUCCGUAUUUCAUUCUCGGUGACCUUUGGGAAUCUUUCAGGGAGUGGAGUGUUUAUGGAGUUGGUGUUCCCCUCCUUUGCAAUGAGAGUGAUUCUGUUGUUCAAUAUUACGCACCAUCCCUCUCUGGUAUCCAAUUGUAUGUAGAUCCAACACGCCGUGACGUGGAACAAAGGAGGCCUGGUGAGGAAAGUGAUGCUAAUUCCUCCAGGGGAUCGAGUACUGAUGGUGAAAGUGAAGGAACUGAGAGAGGAGCCAGUGAUGCUCAGGGAUCUUGGAACCAGAAGUACAAUAUUGAUCAUGGAUUUAGAAGAUUUGCAGGGAGAAACAACCCUUCUAUGGAAUCAUCUGUUGAUGGAGCCGAUGUUAGCAACCCCCCUGGUCGACUUGUCUAUGAAUACUUUGAAAGGGAGCUCCCAUUUCAUCGUGAACCACUAGCUGACAAGAUGUCAAAACUUGCCUCUCAAGAUCCUGGACUAAAAACGUAUAAGAGUUGUGAUCUGACUCCUUCAAGUUGGAUUUCUGUUGCUUGGUACCCCAUAUAUAGGAUACAUGUAGGGCCAACUCUACAAAAUGUUGAUGCGUGUUUCUUAACAUUCCAUUCACUUGCAAAGCCUGUUAAAGGUGGCUACGAAGCUAGUAGCAAGCUCUCACUACCCACCUUUGGACUUGCUACAUACAAGUACAAAGCCUUGGACUGGUAUGGGGAUGGAGUUUAUGAAGCCCAGAAGGUUAAUUCCCUCUCACAAGCUGCUGAUAAUUGGCUUCGAGUACUGCAAGUCGAGCAUCCUGACUACAACUUCUUCAUGUCGCACAACACUUACUGGAGAUAGUCCGAUACCAGCGGGAGUGAGCAUGUGUGUGUCUACAUAGCAGUCAGAUGAUGGUGGAGUAGUCGCAGGAGAUGCGGAAGUUGACAACUGCACCAGUAAGUGGCUUUCCUACAACCAAAUGCAGAUAUUAGAUGUUUGGUGAUGGAUUUUGAACUUCUGAAUGAUGGAUAAUUUGUCUUACUACCCUUCCCCGUCUCUUGCUUUUUUUUUUCUUUCUUUUUAAAACCGGGCGUCUUACUGACUAGGCUGCCUGAUGAUGACGAAUAGUAGUAGUAUAUCACAUGUAUACAACCUUUUGGCUAUGUACACCAUAGAGAUUGUAUAUCAGUAACCUGGUGCAAAUCGCAAUGCGUGGUCAUAUUUGAAUUUUGAAGUUUUUGCUGUGUU